GCUAGUGCAGUGAGGCGACGUCACGACGGUGGUGGCGUCGAGGCGCAUCCUGCGACGUCGCCGGUCGAUAAUCCGGCGUCCACUCUGGCAGUAGGCACGUGAGAGCGCGUUGAGUCAGAGUGUAGGUCGCCACCGAACCGCCGCGCCAUGGAGAGCGAUGCUGAACGCUGAGACGGUGCCACGGCUCCGUCGCCAGCACGGCUUCCAGUUGCCGUUGCACCCCCUGCAGGUUUCGGGCUGGCUGGUGGGGGCCGUCCUGUCGGCGGGCGGCUUCCUGGUGGUUGUGCCGGCGCUGCCCGCGCACGCGCAGCCCGCGUGUUUGGCGGCGCUCUCGGCGCUGCUCCUGCUGCAUUUGGCGGCCCACCUCGCCGCCGCCCUCCUCGACCCCGCCGAGCCGGCGUUGCGGGCGCGCCGUCCUGAGCCCGUGCCCCAGCUGGACCGCGCCAAACACGCGCACGUCAUCGAGGAGGGCCGUUGCCAUUUGUGCACCAUCCGCACCUCCGGCCCCAGGACAAAGCACUGCAGCGCGUGCAACAAGUGCGUCCAACACUUCGACCACCACUGCAAGUGGCUCAACCACUGUGUGGGCGGACGCAACUACGCGCCCUUUCUCAUGUGUGUCUCAACGGCCGUCGCCGCCGCUGCCCUCGUGGCCAUCCUCGCCAUCGCCGAACUGGCGCUGCACCACUCACACUGGAUCGACACCGACAAGUUGCAGGGCCUCCUGACGGCGGAAAACUCGACAGCCGCUCCGCACACCUCUUCACUGCCCACGGGCGACGCCGCCUUCCUUGCCGUCGUCGCCGCACUGGGCAUCCUCGCAGCUAUUACAGCCGGUCUGCUCCUCCACCUCUGCUUCUUCCACAUCUACAUCUCAUUUCUGGGCCUCACCACCUACGAGUACAUUCGCCAGCAGAGGCAGACCCAGCCUACGCCGUCGCAAGGGCAGCAAUCCGAAGAAGAGACCGGUUUUCGCUGUCCUACGCUGAGGCACCGGCCGGCCAAUCUACACUGCGACGGCCGCACGCGCACCACGCUGGUCACGUGCACCGUCUUCGAGGAGGCGUUCUCCAACUGCGCGGAGCCGACGCCGACGCCGCCCUCCACGCCCCAGGACUGCCAGGUGUGUGUGGGAAACUCGGUGGCGCCGGAGAUGCCACUACGCCAGCCGAAAAAACUCAGGACGAAGUGGAAUUGCUGCUUAGCGGUGCCGGAUAGUCCAGAUAGUCCUAAUGAGCCGCGGUGUUUGAUGAACAUUUGCAAGCACAAAAUCAAGAAUAAGGGAAUACCUGCCAUCGAGGGGCGGCCGCAUAGGACGCACGGUCAUUGGUCCAGUGCUAAGCUCAGAGUGCUUUUUAGGGUUUUAGGUAACUUGGGUCAAAACCGGCGUCGCAGCCAAUCCCCUCACGUAGCUAGAAAUAACCAAGUGGUGCCUGUAUCAAAUGAAUCAUCGAACACCCCCGAGACUGUCCAAACCGUCAACAACCUCGUGCCAGUGGCGUACCCGGAGGUGUCGCGACGGGCCAACGCGUUGUCCGCCUUGCCCAAUCCGCCUCGACGACGUCUCGUCAGCGAGAUGGAGUUGGCCAACGCGCUCACCCUCCUCCAGCAGCAGCAGCAGCGGUGCAACCGCCGCCCCCUGUCCCAGUACCGCCGCCGGAGACGUAGCGUGGUACACCGUCCCAAGACUCCGGCCCUCUCCCCCAUCCGGGAGAGCGGUCUGUCCAAUCCCGCGUCGCCGUCCCACCAGAACUGUACCGUGGCCGCCAUCAGCGGCUCGUGCACGCGUCCAUUUUAAUGAUAAUGACCCGCCGCCAGUGUGCCCUUCAUCAACAUCGUGCCAAAGUAACGCUUCUCGAUGGAAAUUGUAGUGUUUUCCGCUCUUAGGAACAAACGGUUUACCGACACGACCUAGAAACAUCAACCAUAAACUGAAAUCUGGAAUGAGUGAGGACUUGCGACCUCUCACGCGAUUAGGGGUUAAAUGGCAAGUUACAAUGAUUAGAAAAUUUAGUCUUAUGAAAGCUUUUGAUUAUAUUAAAGUACAUAGGUACAACCAUAUUUGAUUGAACUCGAGUUUUCAAAAAAAUAUUUGUCUACAAAAUACCUACUAUAUGUCAAAGGGUGUAACAUGCUAAUGAUUACGCAAACAAGUCGCUGGUUAUUUAUUAGAUACGAAUAUACAAAAGAAAUCGAUAUCUUUCAGGACGAAUAAUCAUAUCAUAGGAACUUAUUCACACAAUAAUCAAUCAUCAACAUUUUUGGUAAAAUUUGAUGUUUGAGACUCUUUUUAUAAAUAGGCACGCACAAAGGAAUCUCCGUCCCAACUUUUCGUUCGUAUGGUAGGUAUAUGUUAUCUAACUUAUUUUUUAUGUAGGUACCAUUUUUAUUUAAAACGAUACUUUUUGAGGCAUUUUUGCCUUGGUAAUGGAGCAUCUUCCACCUCAGUAUAUAAUCUACUGUUAUAUUUUACCAUUUUAGAUUUACACAUCAGGUGUUAUAGAAACAAUUAAAAGAAAAAAAGAGAAACCCAAUCGUUUGAAAAAGAUUUUUUCUAUUUUGCGUCUGAAAGAAAGCUUAUUUCGAACCAAAACCGAUGCUUCAAUGAGCCAUUUCAACACGAAUUUGGGUGCUGUAAUAGACUAGUACAAUUUACUUUCUAGAGGUUUGUAAUGGUGAUUUUCAGCAGCGUUUUGAACGAUUUCGCUAAUGCAGGUGUUGUGCAUGAAAUAUUUACAGUAUUCAUUGUUAAUUCGACAAAAUUUUGAAAAAUUGAAACUUGAUACUUCGAUAUUUUCAAACUUUGUCACAUUUAUCACCAACCACCACCUUAUUAAGGCAAAAUUUCCUAAAUUUACGUUUUUUUAAAAACGUAAAUAUACUACUUUAAGACACUUAUUCUGGAAACUAUUGAAAAAAUAUAAAAAAUGCGUUGUAUCUGUAAAAAUAUCGGAUCGGAUAAUUGGUAAGAUAAUUAUUUUUUAACCAGAUUUUUCCCUUUUUUGUAUUCAAAAGUUGAUUAAAUAUUUUUAUUAUACUACAUCCAAAUUAUAAAAAUAGUCACACCUUGAUCUGUCUAUGAUUAUUUUUUUCGGUUAUCUCUGCAACACUCUAUACAAGCUAAUUUAAAAAAGGCUGGAACCAACUCUCGAUUGGUUUUUAGCAUAUAUAUAUAUGGUUUUUAGAACUAUUUUCUUUAUGCAGAUAGAUUAGUUCUUCAAAGAUGUAAAUUUGGUAUUAAUUACCUAUUUUCAAUAAUUGAUGAAGCUAAUUUUGUAUUUUAUUAGUAGUAGAAGAUUUUACCAAAAAAUGUUCUCCCAUCGCCAUUGGUUUAUUGUCAUA